AUGCCGAAGAUCCGUUCCUGCGGCGGUCAGAGCCUCAAGAAGGUGCUUCUGCGACGCCCAUACACCACCACAUCGGCUGUGGACCUUCCGACAGCUGCUGCAGCAUCGAGUUCCGCUUCCUCUUCCAAUGACAAUCUCUCAUCCACUAUCGCUGCCACCGCUGGAUCUGGCUCCAGCAUAACCGGAAGCUCUCUUCUGCUGCCCUCAAAGCGCUUCGUUUCGCGCUUUCGUGAGUCUGAUCGGAGACCAAGAGUCACCGCGCCCAAUAAGACCACCUCUGAGACCAAUUUGGAGGCUGCUGCCGUUAUCCCUGGCUUUGGUGAUGCCAGUAAUGUCGGUGAUAUCUAUGGCAGCAGCACCAGUAACAGCUACUUUAGUCGCCUUCGUUUGUGUCGAUUUGGUACUGUGCAACCGACUGACAUUUCGAAGAUCGGUUACUCUGAUCGAUUAACGGAUCUCUUCAACACCAGAAAGGAAGACCAGGAAGAGACGACAGGAUUAGAGGCAGGAGGGCUGCCCUCCCUCCCCUUGAUUUUUCCACCCCUUCUCCCUUCUGCCGCUGUCAACUCCGUGGAUUGUGACCGCCUCCGACCCACCACCGCUACUACCGUCACUGCCUCACUGCUGCGUGGACGCUCACCUACAGCUAAGAAAACAUUGAGCGGUUCCUCUAAUUCUAACGAACUGAUUCUCCCUCCUAUUUCAUGCACAGCAAGAGCAAAUCUUACCUGGAGUGGAGGCGAAGAGUAUGUGUGGUGGUUGGCUCACCAUAAUCAUGACUCGCAUUGUGCCACCACAGGUUCUACUCACGCCACCGUGCGAGUUGCAGAAGACGAACACCGGUCUCAGUCUCCACCGCCGAGGCAGUCAUCUCUCACAAAAACGCGAAAGGACUCCUCAGAGCCUCCUCGUAGGUCACCAAGACCGAAGGCGAAUCGGUGUGCUAGCUGCAAUCGCAAAACUGGUCUCGUUGACUCCUACAUCUGCAGGUGUGAACGCAACUUUUGUUCAAAGCACCGCUAUGCGGAGUUGCACGCCUGCCCCUUCGACUAUAAGGCGGACGCGAGACGGUACAUUCGCGAGACGAAUCCUGUUGUGACCGCAGCCAAGCUGCCCAAAAUAUGA